CCUUUUACUCGUAAAAAUUGCUAUGAAAUCAAAUGACAAUGCUCAACAACAACAAAAUCAACAAAAUCAGCAACAAAAUCAGCAACAACAAAACCAGCAACAACAAAACCAGCAACCACAAUCAGUGGUUCACUACAAUUUCCACAGCCCUGCCCAAAAUAACAUAUUUAUCAACAGCUAUGUUCUUCCUGGUGGCGGUG